CCCCAGAAAACCCUUUUAUUUUUCUUUUUAUUUUUUUUGGCAGAAAAUCUAUUUAAGUAGUUGAAAUAAAAUAGAGUUUUGGAGAGAGAGAUGAGAAGAAGAAGAGAGAUAAAGUUGUCCUUCAAAGAUUAUGCCCCAAAGCAUAAGCCAAACCUUACUUUGAUUUUCAGAGAGUAUCCAAAGCCAUAACUUCUUCUCUUCUUCUUCUUCCAAAUAGAAAAUAAACAAAAAAUAAACAAGUAACUGCCCUUAUACUAGUACAAACAGAAAAACAGAAAGAAAAAACUAUAGAGAUAGGAGAAAAAAAAACCCAUAGUGGUAGAAUUUAAUUUACAUACACAAGAAAAAAGAUUGUUCUUUUUCAGUUCAUUCAUUCCCAUCAGCUUCACCUUUCAUCUUAUCCAAUCUUGGAUAUCAGUCUUGUGAGGAAGAGCAGAGGGUAGAUCCAGAUCAGAGCAAGGCCGCAGGCUGGUGCUUCUUUUGGAUUGAAUCUGGACGACAUGUUAGAAGACCGGUCUUGUUUGGUGUCAAGGGAUUAUCGGACAGAAAGUAACUGGGCGGCUUGCAUGAGUUAUCGCCUUGAUAGGAUUGAGGUCCAGCGUGGCAAAAGGCCAUUGGAAAACGAUGAGGAGAGUGAACAGGUGCAAUGCAAGUUGCCAAAGCACUCCGAUGCUUUCAACCGAGUGGGAGGAGUGGCUCUAUCCUUGGGCAAUUCUUCAGCAUCCCCUGAUGAGCAAGCUGGCAAUCAGCGUCAUGCUGGGGAUAAUUCUGAUUCGAGCUCUCUUAUUCAUGCCAUUGGCCGUGACAACUCCAUCAGUUGUCUCAUUCAUUGCUCCAGGUCGGAUUAUGGCGCCAUAGCAUCUUUGAAUCGUAGCUUUCGCUCAUUAAUUAGGAGCGGUGAACUUUACAGAUUGCGGCGGCAAAAUGGCGUGGUUGAGCAUUGGGUUUAUUUCUCCUGCCAGCUGCUUGAAUGGGAAGCUUUUGACCCUACUCGCCGCCGUUGGAUGCAUCUGCCAACUAUGAAUCCCAAUGAAUGCUUUGUGUUCUCCGACAAGGAGUCUUUGGCCGUUGGCACAGAGCUGCUUGUGUUUGGAAAGGAGGUAUUGGCGCAUGUUAUUUAUCGCUACAGCUUAUUGACAAAUACGUGGUCAUCUGGAAUGCAGAUGAAUGCACCAAGGUGUUUGUUUGGUUCCGCCAGCCUCGGGGAAAUUGCCAUUCUAGCUGGUGGUUGUGACUCGCAAGGCAGUAUUCUUAGCUCAGCUGAACUUUACAAUUCGGAGGCAGGAACAUGGAAGACCUUGCCGAGCAUGAACAAGCCACGUAAGAUGUGUUCUGGGGUAUUCAUGGAUAGAAAGUUUUAUGUGAUAGGAGGCAUUGGAGGAGCUGAAUCAAAGCUGUUGACGUGUGGGGAGGAGUAUGAUCUGGAAACAGGAACAUGGACUGAAAUCCCGAACAUGUCUCCUGUGCGUACAGCAAGGAACGAUAUGCCUGCUACAUCUGAAGCACCUCCUUUGGUGGCAGUUGUAAAUAAUGAAUUGUAUGCUGCUGAUUAUGCUGACAUGGAGGUGAGGAAGUAUAACAAGCAAAGCAAAGAAUGGGUUACCAUAGGACGACUGCCCGAAAGAGCAGCUUCAAUGAACGGUUGGGGUUUGGCUUUUCGAGCAUGUGGUGAUAGGUUAAUUGUAAUUGGAGGGCCUAGGGCAAUUGGUGAAGGAUAUAUUGAAGUAAAUUCGUGGGUACCGAGUGAAGGGCCUCCACAAUGGAACUUGCUUGGCCGAAAGCGAUCUGGUAGCUUUGUGUAUAAUUGUGCCGUCAUGGGAUGCUGAAGAUACGGAAUUUGGCAGCCCCCAUGUGUUGUACUGUAGCGGCAUUGGAUGCCGAUAGAUACAUAAUUGGUUUCUGGGGCAACAGGAUUCUUGCUAAUGGGUAAUUUAUCCCAACUUCUUUUUUUUUUUCUUUUCACAAUCUCUUUUUUUAAAUCUUUUUCAGAGUGGGGGAGCACAAACUUGGCUCAAGAUUCAACAGCAUAGUUUUCUAUGGAAGGUCUUGAGUACAAUUCUUCUUUUCCUUUUCAACUUCUAUCCAAAGUUCCUUUCAAUUGAAUUGUCUUCUCCCAUUUUCAGUAACAUGAUAUUCCAAAGGUGGCCAUCAAAUAGCUAGAGAUAGGUGAAAUAACAUAAGGGAGCAAUACAGUGAUAGAUUUUGAUUAGUGUUUGCUAAAGCUUCUCUAGGAAAGUCAUAGAACUUGUACUUUUUGGGUUUCGCGAUCCUUAUUUUCUUGACUUUGUCGAGGAGAGAAAUAAGGUUCUGCAAGGUUGUUCUUUAGCAUCUUGGCUUGUGUACUGAGUACAUUUAUUCUUGCAAUUGAUGGUCCACAAAUUAAGCUUACUUUCAAGACAAUUGGUAGCUUUGGAAAUGAAGUACUUUGUUCCAGCUUUCAGUUUCAUACAUGUUAUCUUAGGAAUUCUUUCCUUUAUUGUGACAGUUUCAUACUCACCUGUUUUUUAUUUGUGAAUACAUGAAAAAAGAAAAGAAAAAAUGGUGUAGGCACCAAUUAUAUGGUGCUUUGAUAUUAA